UAACUCCCCAUUCGAAAUUCAUGUGCAACCUCUCCUCACCAAGAUCAUAUUAGUACACUGCCCAGUGAGACAGUGCAGGACGAGAUAAAAAAAGAAUCGCCCCAUCCUUCAUUUUUUCUUUUUUCCUUUGAAAUUGUGCGUUGGAGUGUGUUUCCUUCAAAAAGUUCAAAAGCCGAUUCGACCCAUAAAACCCAUAAAACCCAGAACUUCGAGAAUUCCUUUUCUGUUCUCUUCCAAGAAUCUUUCUCUCGAGGCUUCCUUUUUCUCCGUUUUUGGUCUUCGUCGUCAUGCAUUCCGCGUUGGAGCCUGAGAGAAGGGAGGAAGACGAACCACGUGGAGGAGGAAGCAAUUCGCUAAAGAGGAAAUUCUCCGAAAUCAAUCGAGAUCAACCUCCUGAUUCUUCUUCUUCUCCUAUGGUGAUCGACUCUAAUGGUAAUUAUGAGUUGAAGGUGUACGAGGUUGCAAAAAACAGGAACAUAAUCGCUCUUCUGGGUACAGAAAUUGAUAAGCCAAGGAUAAUCAACAUGCUUAUCCAAGCAAUGGUUUCUUCUAAUUCGUCCAAAAGAUUGAUCCUUUGCUUGGCCCCAACUGUAAAUCUUGUCAAACAGCAUUGCUCUGAGAUCAGAGCACAUGUAGAUCUGAAGGUUGAAGAGUACUUUGGAGCUAAAGGAGUUGAUAAAUGGACAUCCCAGCGAUGGGAAGAGGAAAUCAGCAAGCACGAUGUUCUGGUUAUGACUCCUCAAAUAUUUUUGGAUGCCCUUAGGAGUGCAUUCCUGAAAUUGGAGAUGGUAUGCCUUCUAGUACUAGAUGAAUGCCACCGCACCACUGGCAAUCAUCCCUUUGCAAAAAUAAUGAAGGAGUUCUAUUACAAAUCUACUGACAAGCCGAAGAUGUUUGGAUUGACUACGUCAGCCGUCAUUAGAAAAGAUCAAGUACCAGAACUCGAGAAGCUCAUGGACUCGCAGAUUUUUAAUCCUGAAGGGGAGAAAGGGGUAGAAAAGUUUGCUACGACAGUGAAAGAAGGUCCAAUAUUUUAUGACCCACCACCAUUCUGUAAUUUGGAACUGAAAGAAAAGCUGCAAACUUCGCAUGUCAAGUUUGAUGCUUCUCUUUUAAGGCUUCAAGAAAUGGGAAAAGACAGUUUUCCGGACAUGGAGAAUAAGUUUAAGACAUAUCGAAUGCGAUUGUCCAUUGACUACAGAGAGAUUUUGCAUUGCCUUGAUAAUCUUGGCCUGAUUUGCGCACAUUUGGCGGCUGAAGUCUGCUUGGAGAAAAUCUUAGAUACGAUAGAGGAAAAUGAAACUUAUAAAGAAUGCUCAAUGGUGUGCAAGCAAUUUCUUGAGGAUAUUUUAUCCACAUUUGGGGUGUACUUACAGCAAGGAGAUAAGAAUUCAGUAGAUUUGCAGCAAAACCAUCUGCCAGCAGUGAAUUCGGGACGCGUAUCUCCAAAGUUACAAGAACUUUUCCAUCUAUUGGAUUCAUCUAGAGGUCAAAUGCAAAAGCCGUGCCUUAUUUUAGUUGAGAGAACUAUAACUGCAGAAGUGAUCGAAAGAUUCGUGAAGAAAGAAGCUUCUUUAGGUUACCUUAAUGCAUUGGCACAGAAGACGCAAGAGUCAUUUCAUGUUGGCAAGGUGAAUCUUCUAUUUAUCACUGAUGUGGUUGAAGAGAGGUUUCAGGUGCCAGAUUGCUCAUGCAUGGUUUGUUUUGACCUGCCCAAAACAGUGUGUAGUUACUCAGAGUCUCAGGAACUGGCCAAACAGAGUAACUCUAAGUCGAUUAUGUUUCUUGAAAGAGGAAACCCGAAACAAAGAGGCCAUCUGUAUGACCUUAUGGGAAGAGAAUUACCAAUGACAAAUGGCCAUGACAUGAAGGAUAAUGGAGACACUGUUGUAGCUACCACUCAAACUAUAACUGCUCCUCCUAGCAGAAAUGAGCCGUCAGCAUUCAAGAAGUUGCGUCAAAUGGACGAAUUGGAUAAGAAUCUUUUACAAUGCAGCACUAAAAAGAAAGCCGCCUCUUCUAAAAGCAAACCAUCUUCAUCAGCUGCAGGCUCAAAAAAGCGGAAGGAGCUGCACGGAACAACCCGUGCAAAUGGAUUGUCAGGAACUUGGGGAGAAAAUCUUGAUGGCGCCGUCUUUCAGGCUUAUAAGUUAGACUUUUGUAGUAAUUUUUCAGGGGACGCGUACUCGAGUUUCUCUCUUUUGAUUGAGUCUACCCUUGCCGAUGAUGUUGGUAAUGUCGAGAUGGACCUUUACCUGGUCAGGAAGUAUAUGAAAGCUUCCGUUUCACCUUGGGGCCAGAUACGUUUGAGUCACGAAGAGAUGAUCAAAGCAAAGUGUUUUCAGCAAUUUUUCUUUAAUGGAAUGUUUGGGAAGUUGUUUGUUGGAUCUAAGUCGUUGGGAACAAAGAGAGAAUUCUUGCUCCAAACUGACACAAGCUCUCUUUGGCACCCUUCGUUUAUGUUUAUACUGAUACCGGUUAAAACGAAUGAACUAGUUUCGAGUCUGACGAUUGAUUGGUCAGCGAUCAACUCCUGUGCCUCUGUAGUUGAGUUCUUGAAGAAAAACUCUCUUCUUGAACUUCAUGUUAGUGAUGGAAAUCAUUGCAGCACAUCGUCCAUUCAGGAAGCUAUACUCGAGGAUGAGAAGAAGGAAAGGGGAACGAAUCUGAUUCACUUUGCUAACGCUUCUUCUGAUAAAAAUUGUCUCCAAGAAAUUGUUGUCAUUGCAAUUCAUACCGGACGGAUAUACUCUAUAGUUGAAGCUGUAAAGGAUUCUUCUGCUAUGAGCCCGUUUGAAGACGAGUCCUCCUCAGAAUAUGCUACUUACGCAGAAUAUUUUAACAAAAAGUAUGGGAUUGUAUUGGCCCACCCGAAUCAGCCAUUGUUGAAGUUGAAGCAGAGUCACCAUGCGCACAACCUUUUAGUCAACUUCAAUGAAGACGUGACUGUGAAGCAGAGGCACCACGCGCCCAACCCUUUAGUCAACAUUAAUGAAGAAGCGUCACCAUGAGCACAACCAUUUUGUCAACUUCAGUGAAGAAAGGCCUAUGAAGAAAGAACCAAAGUCUGGUAAUGUUAGGAAAAGAAAACCCAACAUCCACGCUCAUUUGCCUCCAGAGCUUUUGAUCAGAAUCGAUGUACCUCGUGCUGUGAUAAAAUCAAUCUACUUACUUCCCUCAGUGAUGCACCGCCUAGAGUCUCUAAUGUUGGCAAGCCAACUUAGGGAAGAGAUUGAUUGUAACAUCGGUAACUUCAGUAUAUCAAGUACAUCGAUUCUUGAAGCACUUACAACAUUGACAUGCGCUGAAGCGUUUUCCAUGGAGAGAUUGGAACUGCUUGGGGAUUCAGUAUUGAAGUAUGUUGUGAGCUGUUCUCUGUUCCUUAAGCAUCCUGACAAAGACGAGGGGAAGCUUACGCGUGAGAGGCAAUCGAUUAUAUCUAACUCAAAUCUUCACCGCUUGGCAACAAAUCGCAAAUUACAGGGAUACAUAAGAAACGGCGCGUUUGAACCGCGUCGAUGGACCGCGCCUGGUCAAAGUUCUCUCUUUCCCGUUUCUUGCAAGUGUGGCAUUGACACUAGAGAAGUGCCAUUGGAGGCUAGAUUCUUUACAGAGAACAUGACUAUAAAAAUCGGAAAGUCUUGUGACUUGGGACAUAGAUGGACAGUUUCGAAAUCUGUAUCGGAUUGCGCCGAGGCACUGAUCGGUGCCUAUUAUGUUAGCGGCGGUUUAACCGCGGCUCUGCAUAUGCUGAAAUGGCUCGGCGCUAAAGUCGAGUUCGACACAGAGCUAGUGACUCAAGCCAUCGAUAGAGUUUCUCUUCGAUGUUACAUCCCUAAAGGCAAUGAGCUCGCGGAGCUGGAGACGAAGAUCCGACAUGAGUUCUCUGCAAAGUUCCUUUUAAAAGAAGCUAUCACACAUUCCUCUGUUCAUAAAUCAUAUUCCUAUGAGAGAUUGGAGUUUCUUGGAGAUUCUGUGCUGGAUUUUCUGAUCACGAGACAUCUUUUUAACACCUACGAAAAGACCGGGCCUGGAGAGAUGACUGAUCUUCGUUCGGCGUGUGUGAACAACGAGAAUUUCGCGCAAGUUGCGGUGAAAAACAAUCUGCAUACCCACCUUCAACGCAGUGGUACUGUUCUUGAGACUCAGAUAAAUGAGUAUCUGAUGUCCUUUCCGAAGCAAGAUGAGACUGGCAGAUCAAUCCCUUCAAUACAGGGGCCUAAGGCUCUUGGAGAUGUGGUGGAGAGUAUAGCUGGAGCGUUGUUGAUUGAUACGGGGUUAGAUCUUGAUGAAGUGUGGAGAGUCUUUGAGCCGUUGCUUUCUCCACUUGUAACUCCAGAUAAACUUCAGCUUCCUCCAUACCGAGAGCUCAAUGAGCUAUGCGACUCUCUUGGGUAUUUCUUCCGUGUGAAAUGCGCGAAUGAUGGUGUGAAGGCACAAGCCACGAUCCAGUUGCAGCUUGACGAUGUUCUUUUGACCGGGGAUGGAUCUGAGCAGACGAAUAAACUCGCGUUGGGAAAAGCAGCUUCACAUCUGCUUAAGCAACUUGAGAAGAGAAAUAUUUCGCGUAAAACUUGCUGGGAAAGUCAAAGUUCCAUGGAUGUCAAGCUUGCUGACAUAGGAACUCCGUCUUCAGAUUCUAUCGAAAUGCAGAGUACAUCGGUUCCAGUGAUUGGACCUAUAAACAUGAAGAAAGGCGGGCCUCGUGGAACACUACAUGAGUUCUGCAAGAAACAUCUCUGGCCAAUGCCUACUUUCGACACCUCGGAAGAGAAAUCCCGAACUCCAUUUGAAUUCACAGAUGGUGAUGAGAAACGAACUAGCUUCAGCAGCUUCGUGUCGACCAUAACUCUAAGAAUACCCAACCGCGAGGCUGUGAUGUACACAGGACAAGCAAGGCCCGACAAGAAGAGCUCCUUCGACUCUGCUGUCGUGGAACUGCUCUAUGAGCUUGAGCGCCGCAAGAUCCUCACCGUACAGAAGUAAAACUAAUUUCGACUCUCAACGAGUUAAACACUAAAUGAUUUACAUUUUUAGUGAUCUCGAGCUGAUCUUACAAUUACCAAAACUCCCAAAUGUAUCUGAAACUCUGAUCUAUGUUAUGCCUUAAUGAUAAGCUCGUAGACAUUACUACAGUUGAAGCUACUAACACGUUUCAACAUUUUGAAGUUUUUUCGGGAUUCGAAAAACUGAAUCCGUUUGAAUGCAAUUUUCCCGACUUUCAUCACAGAGACCGCGGCUCGGAGCUGUUCACUGUGCCUCGAGUUUGUGUGAAUUGCUGUUUUGAUUUCCUCCUCGGACAUGUGUUCCUG